AUGAUUUUAACGAUACUUGCUGGAAUGUCAAAUGAUGAACAACGUUUACAGUUGUUGCAAACAAUUAGAAAUAAAUUAUCGAACUAUAAUCUCAAUUGGUUAGAUAUACGAAAUAUAAUUAGUUUAUUUUCUAAGAAAAAUCAAAUUCGUUUUGAAGUUUUACAAUUACUUCUUUUAUAUGCUAAUAAUUUACAAGAUAAAAUUGAUAUUGAUGACUAUAUUGAUCUAUCGAAUCAAUCUACCAAUGAUAAUGAACAGUUAAAAAUUAGUUUGUUUGAACAACUAUAUCAAAAGUUAAAUAUUCGGAAUAGAAAAGAUUUUGAACCUAUCGUAAAUUUAUUUCAAACAAUAACUAUGAAACAAAAAGUAGAAGCUAUGAUACGAAUCAAUCGAUCGGAUUUUAUCUUAGAUGAUAAACCAGAAGUAAUUGGUGAUCAACAACUAUCAUCUCUUCAAUUGACUUCGUUUCCUGAACAAACUAUAGCAAAUAGUAUUUUAUCACCAACGUCAUCGUUCGUUCAAGAAUUAUCUCUUGCACCAUUGAAACGUACACACCCGUUUGAUGAUCAAUAUCAAGAUCAUUGUUGUCAACAAAUAAUUACACCGUCAUCGAUUGUACAACAAAAUGAAUUUAUCCAACAGCGUGAUUUAUUAUCAUCGAUAUCGAUAAGUUCAUCGAAUUCGUCGCUUUCAUCAGCUAGCGAUGAAAAUAUACCUAUACGUACACUUUCAUUUAUGGUUGCUAUCAAAAAUACAUUUGAACGUUUAAAAGCAACAUCAUCAAGCUGA